AUGGCCAUGUCUCGCGCAAACACGAAAAUUGUCGUCGUCGGCGGAGGCGGCACAAUUGGUUCGUCAACCGCUCUUCAUCUGGUGCGCUCCGGGUACACACCGUCGAACAUCACCGUCCUUGAUACGUAUCCUAUUCCUUCUGCGCAAUCCGCCGGAAAUGAUCUCAACAAGAUUAUGGGCAUCCAAUUACGGAAUAAAGUCGAUUUACAGCUAAGCUUGGAGGCGAGAGAUAUGUGGAAGAAUGAUGAAUUGUUUAAGCCCUUCUUCCAUAAUACUGGCAGACUUGACUGCGAAGGAACAGAGAAAGGUAUAGCAUCUCUCCGACGGCAUUAUCAAGACCUACUUGAUGCAGAUGCUGGGUUAGAGAAGAGUAACGAGUGGCUGGAUAGCGAAGAUGCAAUUUUAUCUAAGAUGCCGUUGUUGCAACGAGACCAAAUCAAGGGGUGGAAAGCUAUAUUCAGUAGCGAUGGCGGCUGGUUAGCUGCCGGCAAGGCAAUCAAUGCGAUCGGCGAGGAGCUGCGAAAUCAAGGAGUCAAAUUCGGGUUCGGGGGCGCGGGAUCCUUCAAACGACCGCUCUUCGGAGACGGCGAGACGAUGUGCAUCGGUGUUGAAACGAUAGAUGGGACCAAAUACUACGCUCACAAGGUCAUUCUAGCUACUGGAGCUUGGAGUCCCGCAUUGGUAGAUUUGGAGGAUCAAUGUUGUUCUAAAGCAUGGGUAUAUGCCAUGAUGCAGUUGUCGCCUCAAGAAGCUGCCGAAUACAAGGACUCACCUGUAGUAUACAAUGGCGAUAUUGGGUUCUUCUUCGAACCUAAUGAGGACGGUAUCAUCAAGGUCUGCGAUGAGUUUCCGGGUUUCACUCGCUUUAAACAGCAUCAACCAUACGGCGCCGCAGGCCCUAAACGUAUAUCAGUUCCCCGAUCUCACGCAAAGCACCCUACAGACACAUAUCCCGACGCAUCAGAGAAGUCGAUCCGUAGAGCCGUUUCGACAUUCUUGCCGCAGUUUAAGCACAAGGAGCUCUUCAAUCGAGCGCUGUGCUGGUGCACAGACACCGCGGACGCAGCAUUGCUGAUCUGCGAGCACCCAAGAUGGAAGAACUUCAUUCUUGCUACAGGAGAUAGCGGACACACUUUCAAACUUUUACCUAUUAUCGGCAAGCAUGUGGUCGAACUAGUAGAAGAUAAUCUAGCGGAAGACCUUGCGCAUGCGUGGAGAUGGCGACUAGGAGGCGAUGCUCUCAAGUCGAGACGCGGGGCGCCUGCGAAAGACCUUGCAGAUAUGCCCGGAUGGAAUCACGAUGAUGAUUUGAGCAGUACGAAACUAUGA